AAUGGGUUGGGCAAUGGCACUUCUUGGCUGUUGUGUGUCUUAAUAGAAACCCUUUGCUUCACUGGAACCUAAUAGUGUGUUUUAUGUGAGGAUGUGUGCACACACACGUUUGUUAGCUAGACUGAAUGGACGGAUGAAGUUGCAUUCUCAAACAUACGGCAGUCCUCAUGCAGUUCUUAAAAAACUACUACUCCUGGCUCUUCCCAUUGCUCAAAUUGCAAUAGGUGCAGUUUAUCUCAAAGACUGUACUCAGCAGCACUAUAUCCCAGUGUACGUGCUGGUAUGUGGAGUGUUUAGUGUAUUUCUGGCCUUGCUGUCUUGUCUGCCCUGCUCCAGGGAGACUGAGGUGGAGGGAGGUCAAACCACGCUCGGCCGUAUCUCCAGAGUGUGGAACGCACUAGUUUCUAUCUUCUUGUUCUGCUGGAUGAUCAGUGGCAGUGUGUGGAUUUACUCCAUUUAUCCUCCUAACUACAACCAAACACUGGCUAGAGGUCCAUACUGCAAUAAGACCCUCUACCUGUUUGCUUUCUGGACCACCACGCUGGCAUACAUUCUUUUAGGUGUGGCCCUGUUCAUUGGGUGCUCCCUUUGUAUCCGUGCUUGCAUUUGUGGAAAGGCAAAGGACUAGCAAAAACUCUGUGGGCCGUCUUAAUGGAUCUUGAUGACCAGGGUUUUUGGGUUUGUGUGUGGCUUUUUUUAAUGACGUAGAAAUGUGUUAAUCUAAUGUUUAAUUGUCUUAAAAUAACUUGUGUUGGUAACAUAUUUGUAUGGUUCCAAUAAAAAUUAAGUCUUAAUACUCA